GAACUAUCAAAAUUCAUGGGCAAAKCAAACGUCUCUGCAGCAGGAAGACCUAGAAUAUUUUGCCUUGAGGGGUUCUUCAAGAAAUCCUGGUGAAACUAUGGAUGCUGAUGAUGACUUGGAUCUGUUGGCUUCCCUCCUGGAAGAAAAUGAAGCAGCUGAGGAGAGGAAUUCUCCUGAGGAAGAUGCUCCUGAGGAUGAGGGGGGAGAACCAGAUGAAUAUGAUGAGCUCUUCGAUGCAGAAGAUGAYGCAUCCUACACUGAAGAGGUUGAUKCUGAGGACAGCCUGAUUGAUGAGCAGAAGGAGAACCUGGCUACGCUGUUUGGAGAUGUAGAUGACCUGCUGGAAGAGGAGGAGGCAGARAAUGCUGUCCCCACUUCAGCUCCCAGUCAGGCGAAGGAGAAAACCAAUGAAGAAUUGCAAGCUGAGCUGAGAAAAUUACAAGAACAAAUGAAGAYGUUACAGGAGCAGUUGCAGAAGACUGCUCUUGGGCAGCAAUCCAGUUCAGGUCCUGAAAAGAAAAGCCCUGGUAAAUCUCCCUGUCCACCCUUAAAGGAAAGGAAAGUUCAGAAGCUGCAGGAGUCACCGUGCUUCUCAGCCCAGCUGGGCAAUCCUUUACCACCAGCCAAGCGAGGAAUCCAGAAAUCAAAAGCAUCCUCAGCAGAGAACAAGAUUCCUCCUCCACAACAAGUCCUCAGUCUGGCGUUCCAGCCUCUCAAGUCUGCCACAGGGAACACACCCAGUAAGGUGACCAGAGAGAAGACUUCUCAUGUACCUGCAUGUUCCAGUGCAACCACUCAACCAGUGUGUGUGGAAACCUUCUCAGGACUGAGAUUAAGAAAACCCCGGGUGUCUUCAGCUGAAAUGGACAGGAAAAUGGCUAACAGGAAGCUCAUCCGACUGUCCCAGCUGAAGAGUAAACUUGCUACUGAAAAUCUGGAGGAAAUAGACUGGGUAACAUUUGGAGUCAUAGUGAAGAAGGUCACUCCUCAGAGUGCAAAUAAUGGCAGGACCUUCAGUAUCUGGCGGCUGAACGACCUGCGGGAUCUCAAUGAGUGCGUCUCGCUCUUCCUSUUUGGUGAAGUCCACAAGCAGCACUGGAAGACAGACCAAGGCACAGUCAUUGGGCUGCUCAAUGCCAACCCUAUGAAACCUAAAGAAGGCUCAGAUGAGGUGUGUUUGUCCAUUGACCAUCCYCAGAAGAUCCUCCUGAUGGGAGAAGCUCUGGAUAUGGGCACGUGCAAAGCCAGGAAAAAGAACGGUGAUCCUUGUACACAGAUUGUGAACCUGCAUGACUGUGAAUAUUGUCAGUAUCACAUACAAACCCAGUACAAGAAGCUCAGCUCAAAGAGGGCAGAUCUGCAGUCCACCUUUUCUGGUGGCCGCAUUCCCAAAAGUCGGAAAAAUCCCACUUUGAAGGAGAGGCUGUGUCAGGAUGGGUUUUACUAUGGAGGAGUCUCUUCAGCAGCAUAUGCAGCCUCAGUUGCAGCAGCUGCUGUGCCAAAAAGGAAGAUUCAAACCACUCUCUCCAACCUGGUCGUGAGAGGAGCUGAUGCAAUUGUCCAGGAAACCAAGCAGAAAAUUGGUGCAGCAAAGAGAUCMAUGCAAUGCUCUGAAGAGUUCAGGGAACUGCUGGCACAGCCAACUUUUGGAGCACGAAACCUCAGCAAACACUGGACCAAAGCAGAUGCUGAAAAGAAGCAAGGGGCUGAUUUCCAGCCCAUCUCUGCUUCAGCACUGCUCAAGCAACAGAAACAGAAAUUGCUGGAGGCCAGAAAAAGGCGAUCUGAAGAGAUUCAGAGGCGGUUUCUCCAGAACACAAGUAAAGUCAGCACUCCUGCCCCAUCCUCCUCCAGACAGACCUCCCUCCAUUCCCCAGUGCCUGGGGCAGAGUUUCCCAAAGCUGCAAAAAUGUCAACRCCUCAAAGGCCCAAACUUGGCACAGGCUUCUCAGAAGGAGAAGAUAUCCUCUUCUUUGACAAGUCUCCACCUCCAAGGCCAAAGCUAGACAGCUUGGCAGAAGCCAAAAAGCUGGCUGCAAUACAACGACUGCGAGCAAAAGGCCAAAUUCUUCCUAAAACGGACCCAAACAGUGUCAAGAGGAAACGAACUGAUGUUGAGGAUGUCCUAGAAAUUGUUGAAAGAGUUGAGAAAAAUGUUGCUCAGCCCCAAGAUGCAGACAAUGGAAUGGAUGAACUGGARCCUGCCCAAAAGAAACGGCGUGAGCAGCUGGCCUAUCUGGAGUCAGAAGAGUUUCAGAAAAUCCUGAAAGCCAAAUCCAAGCACACAGAUGUCCUGAAAGAGGCUGAGGCUGAACUGCAGGAGAAAUACUUUCAGCCCCUGGUGAAAAAGGAAGAACUGGAAGAGAAGAUGAGGAACAUUAAAGCAGUGAAAUGCCGAGUUGUGACAUGUAAAACGUGUAAUUACACCUAUUUCAAGCCUCUGGAGACGUGUGUGCAGGAUAACCAUGACUAUCUUUGGCAUGAUGCCAUCAAGAGAUUUUUYAAAUGUCCUUGUGGAAGCAGAGCUAUUUCACUUGACAGGCUCCCAAAAAAGCCCUGCAGUACCUGUGGCCUUUUCAAGUGGGAGCGAGAYGGGAUGCUGAAGGAGAARAAAGGUCCGAAGAUUGGUGGAGAAACGCUUUUACCAAGAGGAGAGGAACAACCAAAGUUUCUCAAUAGUCUUAAGUGACCUGGAGUUGAUUUUUUUCACAAGGGUGGAUUUCUGUGUCUGAAACACACAUUUAUACUGGACUGCCAAGAUUCAGGUUUUAGGGAUGAAUCRGUAGGGGAAUCAGUUCUUGAUGAAAAGGACAUCCACCAAGUGUACACCAGGCCACCACUGCACGCAUAUUGAACUUCAAUCUUUUUUUAAUUGACUGAAUAAGGCUGCAUGUGAAAUGCACAUUCAUGCCUGUUCUUUCCAACUAACAACAGAAGAAUGACCUCACCAGACUUUUAAGUGACAAAUCAUCAUGAAUGGGAAUGACUGUAUAUUCCAUAAGCACUUAUGAAAUCAAUACUGUGAUAUGUUCAUGCCAACCUGUCCCGUUCCUUAGCUCUUGAACAGAAAGGAGUGUGAGAGGGUUGUAGGUACAGAGCAUUCUCCAUUGGCUUUGAAAUCACUCUGAACCCUUAGGAACAGAUGUCUUGAGUUUUUCCUUGGCUCACCUGUUAAAAAGCCCUUCCACGGCUUUGGCAUUGCAAGCCAGCAGUGUUUAUGCUGCAAACUCAGAGCUCCCUGUCCCCAGCACCAUCCACACUACAGCGUUCUUGUGACUACAGACCUGCAGCUCCCACUUUGAAAAGCAUUUUAAUGAAUCUGGCACUAUUUUGUGAGUAGUUUUAUAGAGCUGAGUGAUUAUAUUUAAAAGCUUUUACCCUUCUUUUGACAUUUAAAAUAGGAACAGUAGCUUUCUCAGACUGAGCAGGAUGAGCUCUCCCUCCAAGAGGGUGCUGUGGAGAAAUCUUGUCUCCAUACAGGCAUUGUUCAGAAAGCACAUUCUYUAGGGAUGCCUGGAGCCUUUAAUCAGCUUUUCCUGGACCUGAGCCUUUUCCUGCCUGUAGCUCAUGCCCAGCAGGAYCACAGGAUAUUUUUAAGUGCCUAAAAGCACUCUCACCUCUGUGAUUUGAAGUGCCAUCAGCUGUCUCACGUAUCCCACUGGUGAGGCAUCACAAACUGCCAAUGCCUCUUGUUUGUUUGCACAGGGGCUGGAAGAGAUGGAAGUUACUUCAUUUGAAGCAGCUGGACAGAUUCACCUCAGCAUUCUGCAGCCCUCAUCUUUUACUGGUGCUUUUUUUGGUGCCACUUGGCCUCUUGCAUUCAUUUCAGUCUCAUAUGGGUACCAUUUGCUGAGUGGGGACUGAAUCAGUAACUGAUAUUGCUUGGAAACAUCUGUGGAUUCCUCAUUCAGAAUAAAUAGAAUGCAAAAUAAAACAGUCCCUGGGUCUGCACGGU